AUGCAGGAGGAAGAAACAUACACUUCUCUUCAGUGGGAUAAUCCCUCGCCAAACCUGUGUCAGGAUCGACUGAUUUCUACCAAAUCCUCAGGAGUAUAUUGGCUGGUGGUGGCAAUUUCAUUUGUUUUCUGGGUCGGCUCAUUGAUGGCUUCCAUUUUCUUGGGCUUUGUGUGGUUCCAAGUGUCUGCUAUUGUAAGCGAGCAGCAGGAGAAACUCAUCCAACAUGAAAAAGAACUGCAGAACUUUACACAGUGGAGGAAAAACCAUGAACGCCAGAUGACAAAUUGCCAAACCUUCGUGCAAAGCACUAUCAGUCCAGCCUUUAACCACAGCCCUUGCCCAGAUACUUGGAUUCAUAAUAGAGAAAGUUGUUACCGUGUCUUUGAAAAACAUCAAGAAUGGAAUAGCAGUAAAGAGGAAUGUCAGAAAAUGGGAAGUGAGCUUCUGCAAAUAGAGAACAAGAAAGAAAUGGAUUUUGUCACUGGCAGACUGAAGAUCAGAAGUGACUUAGAUUACUGGGUUGGACUAUUUCAGAAUGAACUCAACCAAACUUGGGUUUGGCUAGAUGGCUCCUCUCCUUCCCCUGACCUGUUACCAGAAAGGAAACCCCAAUCAGCUGACCAGGUUUGUGGGUACCUCAAAGGCAAGUUACUCCUUUUCAGUAAAUGCACCUCCAUCUGGAAAUAUUUUGUCUGUGAGAAGAAGUAUGCUCCAAGACCUGGUGUCUGA